UCUGUUGCAGUAGAGGAAACCAAAUGUAUCUUUUGAACAGUUCGUAAAUUAUGAACUGCAUUCUGAUCCUGGAUAAAAAAAAAAAGCAGUUUAUUUUAUUUAAGAGUUUUUGGUUAAAAGUUUACCAAACCCGGGCGUUCAGAGGGCUUAAAGAUUUACCCAAUUCUUUAGGAAUAUUACUGGAUUAUUGCGGAAAUUCUUUGGGAAUACGACAAGUAUUCAUGUGAUAGAGAUUUUACUUCUAAAUAAUUUAUUACACAACAGUCAAACUUUCUAUUCCACCCAAAGCGCCUUGUCAUGACUUAUAUAUAAAUGGGGUAUUUUAUUACAAGUAAUAGAGUUUAACUACAAUGUAAUGAAAAGCAAUAUUGUACAAGUACAAGAAACUAAGUAGGAGUCAUAUUACUCAGUGACCAUCUUCAAACUGAAAACUGUAUCAUAUCAUUGUUGAUGUUCUGGGUGUUUUCGCGAGUGGGGCUGCAAAUACCUCACAAGGGGGGGAGGGCGGUUCACCCAAAGCAGGCAAACAUGUGAAGCGGUCAGCGCUGCAGAUUUGUCUUUGAAGGGAUGUAGGGGUGAAGAACAAGGGCUGGUUUGUGGGCGCAGAGCUGGUGACGUAACGAGCACGGCUGCGCGGGGCUGUCAUUUCGGCUAACCGCCCUCCUGUACGAAUGACGCUGCCACAGGGAUUUACCAUGUGAACGCUCCCCCGUGGUAAAUUUGCACCGUCAUUUAACUUCUUCAUUUAUUUGUUUUAACUUAAAUCCCCACAGAUUUCUGGAAGUCCAUUCAUGCGUUUCCUGACCCUGUGGCCAUCUUUGCUUAUGACGUGUCAUCCCCCGUUACGCUUCAUGAUUAUCUUGCGGAUUGAGUUGAUUAAAGUGGAAGUCGCAUCUGGAAAUGUUCCUGAAACGAAGGCCCUGGCUCGGGACGGCGAAGCCCCGUGUCUCUGCAGAUGCAGUGUGGUAGAGUUUUGCGCAAGGAAUUCAGGAAGUCGUUGUCUUGUAUAUUCGUUACCAGGAUGGUUCUGGCAUAAAGGGACAUUACAUAAUGCUAAUUAAUACAAACAACUACAGCCUUUUUUGUAUGUUUUAAGAAGCAGGUGUUUAUUUAAAAUUCAGUCUGUAAUGCUGCCUAUUUGUAAUGUAUGUAUUUUUAAAAACAAAAAUUUCCUCUAGGCCUACAUCAUAAGCACUAAGAUACAUGUAAUCCUUUAUAUGGGGGGGGGGGGGUGUUGUGUUAUCAUCUUGCAAUCCACUAUUAUUAUUCUUUUUCUGAAGCGAAUCUACAGUAACCAAAUUAAACAGGACUACAUGCCAAUUUAACAGGAACCUUAUUAUCCAACCUACAUCUAAGCAUCUAAGUCACAUCAAACAAGACUAUAAUGAAAACUUAAAAAGGGUCCCCAGUUUUUCUCCACCCCCCCCCCCCAUGCUCCACAUUCAAAAUAAAAGCACCAGUUUCAAAAUAAAAGUCUGAAAACUCGUGUUACAAAUACACACCUACAUAUACGUGUGUGUAUGUAUAUAUAACCAGGUUACAUUUUAAUGUGUAAACUACACUUCAUUGGUGGUUUUCAUGUUACUCUCGUUAUAGCUCGCUAAACUGAGAACAUUUAUCUGGUUUUUAGAUUACUGGGUGUUGCUAGACUGGAUUAGCCACGCAUACUUGUACCUGCGGAACUGGUAUUGACCAGUUAAUUGAGUUAGUUAUGCUUACUAGUGUCAGUGGAAAUCUGUUAAUAACAGAUUUUGUAGAUUAGGCAUGCUAACUUUUUACCACAAUGUUUGCGUAAGACUUGGGAGUGAGGAGUGGGCGAGGACAGCAACACUUCACAAAAAUAUCGUAAGUACGUACCGGAGUCAAUAUCAAAGUAAAUGUGAAAAGAGGGGGUGUCAGAUAAACAUCCAGGAGGCUCAUGGACAUGGACAGGGGGGUUGAAAAAUAUCUGACAUGACAGGAUGCAGUGCACAUGUCCUGCAGUUAAACAGAUGAUCUGGAGGGUAGUUUCAAAAACUGCUUUACUGCUAUUAGAUAACAAUUAAUUAUCUUCAUAAGAUUAAAAAUUCAAAGUGUCGGAAAGAAGAACAUCGGCGUGAAAGACUCCUUUGUGCCUGCAAAGCUUGGUAUUUACCACUGGAUCAGACUGGAGAGGAAUUCAUAACCAUGAUUAUAUGGAGAGUCACUUGUCUGACUCGUACUCAAAAAUCCAUGGCUUUGGUACUUUUAGGUACCUAGAAAAGAUGUUAGGAAAAACCCCUGGUACAUUCUUACAGAUGCAAUAGUCAUAAUUUAUCAAAAAAGAAAAAUCUAAAUCAUCUGAUAUCUUCUAUAUGGUGGUGUGUAAACAGGAACCGUCAACCUGUCUGCACACGUUCGUGCUGAUGGCAAAAUGAUUUGACUGAGAGAAAGAAAGUGUGUAGGUCAUGUUUUUAUAGGCCAAAAUUGCAUCUAAAUCUCAGAAUUUGCAGUGUUGUUGACUGAUGUGUGCAAGACCCAUGAAUGAUUUGGCAGAGCAGCUUUUUUGGUUGCAAAUGUCUGCAUUACCUUGCGGCUCUUGUCUUCGUGGAAACGGGUAAUGGCAAUUUUGAUUGCUAAUUUUCAAUUUUGAUUGCUAAUUUACUUUCUACUUUCAUUUUUUUAAGUCUCGCAUGCUUUUGUCUGAGGAACUGGAAUUGAUUGAUUUGAUAACUGAUUUUGUAGCUUAGUCACGCUAACGCAUGUCAGCAGGAGUGGGAAUAAUCGCUUGCAGCUGGGGUGUCCCUUUAAAGAGGAAGUUUGCGAGGAAUCUGUGUGCUCAACUGCCUGUAUCACAAAGCCAGAUUUGUUACUUAACCGGAUAACUUGUCGGAUUUAAGGUGGUCUGAGCUAAAUAUAAGUGAAUGAAGGUAAAGUCCAUUUAAACGGGGGCGUUUUAAAUACAACGAGCUAUCUGGCUUAGUGAGGAAUCGUGCUUUGUGAUACAAGCCCCAGGUGUUUUUACACACGGUGGGGCAAAUACAUCACUGUGUCAGAGAGGCGGUGUGGGAGGGCUUCUGCGAGAAGCUGAGAUUUCAUGUGUCAACACCAGUUAAACUGCCGAACCCAUCUGCCCUCGGCUGCUUCAUCGCUGUUCGGCACAAGCUCAGUUCCCUUGUGUCUCAGUGAAUUUCGACUGCAAUGUAUUACUCUCCACAUGAGCAAAAUGAAAAAUACUAUGUUUGUCCAGCCAUCAUUGAACACAGAAAGCACCGAGCUGUAUGUUACGAUUAAGGAAAUAAGACUUCAGUGGCUAGAACUAGACACAAAUGAACACAUGGUGAGCAAUGAGGUGUUUUGAUUGUAUUUCUUGUUGAUUUUCACAUUGAGGGGGUUUCACAAUAUCACAAGUUUAAUAUAUGACAUUUAUAAAGGGGAACUUAGCCAAUUUUAGCCAUGCAAGUAAUGGUACAAACCUGGGGAAGAAUUGUAGGAAAGAUUUAAUGACUAAAAGUGCGUCUGAUCUACAUAGCAUGAAGCUCACACAGUCUCUUUGAAUUUUCUCUUUUUGACUCAGUAUUUUCUCUUUCCGGAAGAACAGGACUCUGACCUUUCAAGCAAGCCCUGAGUUAAAAAAAAAAAAAUAAUAAUGAAAAAGUUACAAAAAGUAAUUUCCCCUCAUGCAUGACAUUCGUUUCCAUCUAAUGGAAAAUCUGGUUCUUUGAUAUCAUAUUUCGUAAGAAGGCUGAAGAACGGCAUUUUAAUUUGCAGUUGAACUUGCGGGUAGCUUCCAGAUAUUACUAUUUUGUCUAUUUGUUGAGUGAUGUUCUAUAGUGCAGUGAAUCGUUCAAUAAUAUAAAAUCUUAUAGCUAUACCUUGUAUUCCUCUUUUCUUGGGCUCACUGUCGGGGCGCAGACCCCUAUUAAAGAGCAGCGGAUGCUUGAAUGCAUUCAGAGUGAACAUCGGUCUUAGGGUGCAAAGGUCAUCACACAAGAGAAAGUGCACGGUACAGGAAUGUCCGUAAAAUACACAGAGCAGCUGAAUCCCUGCCAGCUGUCUCAGAAUGUGGCCUGUAUACUAAGUAUUUUAACACAUAAAUCACAAAAAUUAAGCCCAAUCAUUUUCUUGCACUAAGUGCAGUGCAUUUUCCUAUGCUAAGGUACUAAGCACUUCACAUAAACUCAUGUCUUCAUGUGCUUGCUAUGGCUGAAAUACAAAAUUGAUUUUAAAAAAGGAUGUUCUAUGACGUUCUAUGUUCUACGCUAUCGGGAUAUAAUGCCACUUUAAGUGUUUUGUAGAUUUUAAGUACCACCUUAAGUGAUAGUGUAGAGUGGUCUCUUAAUGCCACAUGCUAUGGUAAAUAUCUCUUAUUCUGGAAUCCAGGAAUUGAUAAGUUGGCUUUAAAAUCAUACGGAAUUUAAAUUGGUUGGUAAUUGCUCUUCCCAAAUUGCAAGUGUCAAUAUGUGUAUUCAUUUCACAUGUUGCACAACAGAAACUCUGCAUCUAAAUAAGCAGUAUUCAAAAACAAUAUGAAAUUCCAGUUCUCAGUCUCCUGAAUUUAUGCAUCUAGCUUUCAUGACCAUAAAUGCACUGCCAAGUUCUGCAGCUGUUCAGCUAAUGAACAGCUGUGUAUUUAUUUCAAUGAGUUUAAAACAAAUGUUGCUUUUAGUUCACUGAUCUUUGCCUGCAUUAAACUGCACUGUUAAAAACAAUUGGAUUCCAAAACUGUUGUCCUCUACUUUUGAAACAUUCUGAUUCUAUUGUACUAUGCUUAUAUGAUUCAGGGCUUCAAAAUGCUCCCUUUGUGUUCCACAUCAGCCCAUUCUUUGCUAGGGUUAAGCUUUGUAGGGAAUUCCCACAUCGCCUGGCUUUGAUUGACUGUAUUCUUGGGAGUGAACACAGGCCGUCAAAGGGCCCCAUGACCCGGGUCGCAGUGCCUUACGUUCUUUUAGUCCAUUGUAUGUCCCACAGGUCUGCAAAGGCAUCCGAAGGGACUAUGAGGCACAUUUUGAGCCCCCCUCCCCACCAGUGCAGGCACCCAUUCAGAUUUCUUUGUGUCAGGACUUGGGAGAAGCAAAGCAACACCCCCCAAACCUCAAGACUCUGCUCACCUCCCAAACUGAUGACCAAACCCAGUCUGAGAAAGCCACAGUGCAUGUGCAUUUCGAAGUAGGUGGGGCUUAAAGCGGCCAAUCAGAAAGAUGAGUCAUAUUCUUAGAGGGGAGUGCGUUUUCUUAAGGCACACUGAUUCCUCUUUCUAGGAAUACCGGCAUGCAAAUCACACACACUAUUCCAAGUUAAAUGCAUUAAUACUGACUUGAAACUGGGUAAAGUCACACAUUAGGAAGUGGUCAGAACUCCCUAGACGUUACAUCAUUUAGUAAAUGUAUUAGGAAGCAGCAUAAUACCACCAGGUUUCAGAAGUAAAUCAGUUGCUAUUGGAAAGGUUAGAAACAUAGAUGUGAUAGAUAUGAACGCUGUCCUUGCAAAGUGACUGUGAACCAGACAGAAUACCCAUAAUGUACUGGAAUUCCCAAAGAAUGAGGUAACUACUGACACUUUGCUGUGACAUUAAGUGUAAAAUACCUCCCCCGGUUUGCUGUAGACAUAUGGGGGGUCACCCAAUUACAGAGUCAAGAAUAAAAAGGGCUCUGAUUACCAAAUAGUAGCAAACUAAUAUAAUCUGAAUUUUUUUCCCGCCUACUCAGUCCUGUGGGCAGCAUCGUUGCCAUGGCGCUGACUCAUUCAGUAGUACGGGAUAAAAGCGGGCGUGAAUCCGCUUUCAAAUUCAAAAGCCGGUCUCAGAAAUAAUCACUAACACCAGGUACAAUGUGUACAUGCACAUUUGUUCAAUGCGGGAUUGGGGCUCCGAUGUCUGUCUCGUAGAUGUAUAUCCGUGCUGCGAUCGGCGCACAAUGACGGACUACACCUGCAGGCUUGGCGUAAAUGCGGGGCGCGGAGGGAGAGAGACGGUGGCGCUUCUAGUUUCCACUUUUCUACGCGAACUGUUAUUAUGUUUGGACAAAAGGAAAAAAAGAAAACAGGCGAACCUCGUCGGAUUGCCGUGUUAAUCUGAUUUGGGGAUUGUGAAAGCGGGACAGGAUUAGGUUUUUUCCUUCUUUCUUUCUUUUUUCCCUUUAGGUAAAUGCAGAAACGGGUCACGAUGCGGUGCCGUGCGGUCGCGCCUGCCUUUCGUGGGAGAGUGGCCGGCCAGGUCGCCCUCUUUGCCGCGGAGAUCCCGCAGUGACAUCCGAAACUCCCUGGCAUGAGUUUCUCCCGUCCCUGAUGCUGCUAUGACUUCCUGGCUGCGCAGAUACUGUAACCUCAUUCUGCAUCGGCUGCUGCUCGCUGUGUUAGCCUGUGUCGCGAUACAAACCUCGCAUUCGGAUGAAAACAUUUGUUCUUUGCCUGGGGUAUUAUCCUGUAAUGAGUGCCUGAGCCGUGGACCUCAGUGCGCUUGGUGCUUCCAGCAGGGUUUUUUAGACGGCCUGCCCAGGGCACAGCGAUGCAACACGCUUCUAAACUUGCAGAAGAAAGGCUGCGCUGUCGAGUUUGUGGAGCAGGCCGCUGUCACGCUCAAGGUGAACGCCACGCCUCCCGGCAGCCAGGUGGCACCGCGAGAUGUCACUGUCCAGCUGCGGCCAGGUGCCGAGGUCAGCGUCACGGUGGAGGUGAAGCAGCUGGAGCUGUACCCUGUGGACAUGUACUACCUGGUGGACGUCUCUGCGUCCAUGCAGGCGAACCUGGCCAGUCUGGAGACGGUGGGCACCGCGCUGUUCCACAGGAUGAGGGACCAUUCCAGCGACUUCAGGGUGGGCUUUGGCUCCUUCGUGGACAAGCCCGUCUCGCCCUACAUCAACGUUCACCCCUCGAAAGUUCAGCAACCCUGCAGCGACUUCAAGCUGCAGUGCCGACCCACGCACGGAUUCAUGCACAUGCUCGCCAUGACGGAUAACACCACGGAGUUCACACGCAUCACCCACCAGCAGAACAUCUCAGGAAACAUGGACACGCCGGAGGGCGGCUUCGAUGCCAUGCUGCAGGCCGCCGUAUGCCAGAGGGACAUCGGCUGGCGGCCUGAGGCCAAGCACCUCCUGCUGGUCAUGACAGACCAGCCCUCUCACCUCGCGCUGGACAGCAAGCUGGCGGGAAUCGUGGUGCCCCACGACGGGAACUGCCACCUGGACUCCAGCGGCUACACCCGCAGCACAGACAUGGAGUACCCCACCAUUGGUCAGCUGGCAGAGAAGCUUCUGGAAAACAGCAUCCACUCCAUAUUUGCAGUGGAGCAUGGGCAGUAUAGGUGGUAUGAGGAUCUGACCCCCUUCCUGCCGGGUGCCUAUGUGGGCAAGCUGCAAGCAAAGGCCUCGAACCUAAAAGACCUGGUGCUGGAGGCCUAUAAGAAGCUUCUCUCGGACGUAGAGGUGGAGGUUGGGGUUCAGGACCAGCACGCUCAUAAGUUCUGGGUCAACGUCACCGCCGUUUGUCCGAGAGGCUCCAAACCUUCUGGGCUCCAUAAGUGCUCCGGUGUGCAGCCCAAUCAGACGGUGUUUUUUAACAUCACCAUCGGCAUGAAAGACUACCCCCCUGCGCCAGAGGAUGUCCUUAUCUUCAUCAGACCGGUGGGCUUCAACGAGUCCAGCAUGGUCCGGGUGCAGCCCACCUGCCGCUGCAGCUGCGGGGGGCAGCCUGGCUGCCAGGAUGAGCUGGAGGGGCCAGAGUGCAGCGAGGGGAGCUCGGAUGCGGGCUGCAGGCUGGAUGGGACGGGCCCCAUGUGCAGCGGCCGGGGGGAGUGUGUGUGCGGGCGCUGCGUCUGCGAGGCGUCCAGACUGGGGACCAUCUAUGGGAAACACUGUGAGCUGGAUGACUUCUCCUGCCCGUACUGGCAGGGGCAGAUCUGCGGGGGACGUGGUGACUGUGUCUCGGCCUCCUGCCACUGCGACAGCAGCUGGACGGGGGAGAGCUGUCAGUGCCCCACAUCCACAGAGCCCUGCCUCUCGCCCGACGGGCAGCUGUGCAGCGGCAGGGGACGCUGCGUCUGCGGACGGUGCGAGUGCGACGACCCAUGGAGCUCCGGAAGGUUCUGCGAGACGUGCCCCACAUGCGACAGUUCUUGUCAGUCACACUGGAAGUGCGUGGACUGCCACCUAUCAAAGGGCCUGCUGGAAGGGAACGCCGAGGACUGCAACCGGACCUGCUCGCCCGUGGUGGACUACGUUCAUGCAUUCCCAGACCUGAUGAGCAAAGCCGUGAAGCACUGUCUGUACCCCAGCAGCGAGUCCUGCCACUACAGGUUCCAGAUGGACUCUGUGCCGGGGAUCCCUCAGAUUCACAUCAGCAGAUAUCCAGAAUGUCUCGCGAGCCAGAGGUACUACCCCACCUUCAUCUGCGUCUUCCUCCUCACGGUUCUUCUUGGACUGGUCCUUCUCCUCAUGGUGAAGUUCCUACUGAUGCGAAGCAUUCCGAGUGUUGGCGACGUGCCGGUUUACGGCAACACAGCAAAGGAAUCGAAUUUCAUGCCCACCGCCACCCAGAAGACGAUAAUCUACAGGCGAGGCGAGCCAGCGGAGAUGCCCACAGAGGUUCAGAAGAUACCUUUGCAUGAAGUCUGGCACUCUGGCAGUAAGGCUUGAUGUUGCUUUGACCUAACAGGAGGACAGUGAAUGAAGAUGUGGCCCACAUCCACCCCCCACACUCCCCCAAAAAAGCCCACUCAUUCACUAACCUUUCCAGCAGUCACUCAGGGCGAGAUCAUAAGAGACGACUGCUAGUUUCUAAAUGGACUGCAGGGAAAAUUUCACUGAGCUUUGAAUCGGUCUUAAUAUAGUUGGUUUAUGAACUGGCAAACGGCAUCUAUUCCUCUACAAGACUUUUAUCAGAAUAUUUGUACUGUGGAUUAGUGA